UGGAAGGAAGGAGAAGGGAGACCCACUCAACAUUGCCAUUGAUAAGAUGACCAAGAAAACACGAGACCUUCGGAGACAGCUCAGGAAGGCAGUGAUGGAUCACAUAUCAGAUUCAUUCCUGGAGACCAACGUCCCGCUGCUGGUUCUCAUCGAGGCGGCGAAGAGCGGGAACGAGAAGGAAGUGAAGGAAUACGCUCAGGUCUUCCGUGAACACGCCAACAAGCUGGUGGAGGUUGCAAAUCUGGCCUGUUCAAUCUCCAAUAAUGAAGAGGGUGUGAAGUUAGUCCGUAUGGCAGCCACACAGAUUGAUAGUCUGUGCCCACAGGUAAUUAAUGCUGCACUCACAUUGGCUGCCAGACCCCAGAGCAAAGUAGCCCAGGACAACAUGGAUGUGUUUAAGGACCAGUGGGAGAAACAGGUGCGAGUCCUCACUGAGGCUGUCGAUGACAUCACUUCAGUGGAUGAUUUCCUCUCUGUUUCAGAAAACCACAUCCUGGAAGAUGUGAACAAGUGUGUGAUUGCCCUGCAAGAGGGGGACGUGGACACGCUGGACAGAACCGCGGGCGCCAUCCGGGGCCGUGCCGCCCGAGUCAUCCACAUCAUCAACGCAGAGAUGGAGAACUAUGAGACUGGGGUUUACACUGAGAAGGUGCUGGAGGCUACCAAACUGCUCUCUGAAACUGUGAUGCCACGUUUUGCUGAGCAGGUGGAGGUGGCCAUCGAGGCCCUGAGCGCCAACGUGCCCCAGCCCUUCGAGGAGAACGAGUUCAUCGACGCCUCCCGCCUGGUCUACGACGGCGUGCGCGACAUCAGGAAAGCUGUCCUGAUGAUCAGGACCCCUGAGGAGCUCGAGGACGACUCGGACUUCGAGCAGGAGGAUUAUGAUGUGCGCAGCCGGACGAGCGUCCAGACCGAGGACGACCAGCUCAUUGCUGGCCAGAGUGCAAGGGCCAUCAUGGCUCAGCUGCCCCAGGAGGAGAAGGCAAAGAUUGCUGAGCAGGUGGAAAUUUUCCACCAAGAAAAGAGCAAGCUGGAUGCAGAGGUGGCCAAGUGGGAUGACAGUGGCAAUGACAUCAUUGUGCUGGCCAAGCAGAUGUGCAUGAUUAUGAUGGAAAUGACAGAUUUCACCAGAGGGAAGGGCCCCCUGAAGAACACAUCCGAUGUCAUUAAUGCAGCCAAGAAGAUUGCAGAGGCAGGAUCCAGGAUGGACAAAUUGGCACGGGCAGUAGCUGAUCAGUGCCCAGACUCAGCCUGCAAGCAGGACCUGCUGGCCUACCUGCAGCGCAUUGCCCUGUACUGCCACCAGCUCAAUAUCUGCAGCAAAGUGAAGGCAGAAGUUCAGAACCUGGGAGGAGAACUCAUUGUGUCAGGGACUGGAGUUCAGAGCACUUUCACUACCUUUUAUGAGGUAGAGUGUGAUGUCAUAGAUGGGGGCAGGGCUAGUCAACUUUCCACCCACCCACCCACCUGUGCUGAGGGAGCUACGCUUGAGACGGGAAGCGGUGACUCCUCAACGCUGGACAGUGCCACUUCUCUCAUCCAGGCAGCUAAAAACCUGAUGAACGCUGUGGUCCUUACAGUGAAAGCAUCAUAUGUGGCUUCUACUAAAUAUCAGAAGGUCUAUGGCACUGCUGCAGUGAACUCUCCAGUUGUGUCUUGGAAGAUGAAGGCCCCCGAGAAGAAACCUCUAGUAAAGAGAGAAAAGCCAGAAGAAUAUCAGACAAGAGUGAGGAGAGGGUCCCAGAAGAAACAUAUUUCCCCUGUACAGGCCUUAAGUGAAUUUAAAGCGAUGGAUUCAUUCUAAACCACUGAGCUUUACCAGGAGGGUUUUUUAUUCUUUUUUGUAUGCGUACCUGCCGACUUGUGUGCGUCUGGCAUGGGGUGGGGGGGACAAAGUGACAAUUUGCAUGCAACCUGAGACUCUAUUCCAGUAAAUAACUCUCUGCAGUGCCCAAAAUUCAGGGUGUUGCCUUCUGCUGUUAAGUGGACUUAACUCCAAGCUUCCUUUUUAAACUCAACUAUAGCAUUAAAUUGGCCAAAGAAUUUGCAUCACGGGGGUAUUCGUGUGGAAUAAAUGAUAAAUUCAAGUCUAAACCCCAAAAUUUUUAUGCAUGCAAGAAACAUUAGGUUGGCAGGUAUAUUAAGUGAAAAAAAAAAAAAAAAGGAAUUGUAAUGGUAGACCAUAAAGCUUGUAUUGCUUCUGUUGCAGUGCAAAAAUGUACUAGCCAAUAUGCUUCAAUGUGUGGCCCAAUAAUUAAAUGAUAUAACUUUUAAGUCAUCUUCAUUAUAGUAUGUGAAUUUUUAAAACAGAUUCAAACUAAUUCAUCUUAAAAAUGCUUCUUUUGAACCAGAUUUUGUUCUUUAUAUUCUAGUAGUGUUAUGAUUGCUCACAUUUCAAUUAAUCCCAUUAAUAUGACCAGAGGUUUACUUUUGCCAAUUGAAUUCCUUAUGGUGGAGUAUGAAGCACAAUAUGGUGAUUGACAUUGCCUUUUAUAUUAUGAUUAUUAUUCUGAUGAUGAUUAUUAUUAUAUUAGUAAUAGAAGACCUGGUGGUGGAAUGUUUAGAGACACGGAAACUGACAGUGUGAGAAUUUAGAGGCAAAUAUGUAGGUGUAGCUUGGAUUACAGGUAUCUGACAUACCAUUGUAACCACUAACUCAAUAAACUCAUUUAACCUUGGAAUCCUCAA